GCGCGAGUGUCGUCUCUCUUUGUUGGAAGUGAAGGCGCCCUGACGCGCACCUCGGUGUCCUCGAACGCCGGGACACGGUCAAGUGCGCUUCGAAUGGAUGAAUUUAAGCGUCGACACGGCUUGCUCCUCGCUGCGCGCCUAUGCAGAUGUUACGCCGAGUAGAAAUCCGUUCCUGACGUACUGCGAGACGUACCCCGCGCCUUGGGGAAUGUGAUCGUGGGAACCGGAUGUAACAUUGUUCCUCAAGAUGAUUCCAUCCGAUUGCAUUCUGGACAUAUCGAACGUGUUCCACUCCACCGCGGUGGUGAUCGAAGGAAGUUGCCUGAACAAAUCCGAGCCCACGGCGGUGCUCAGAGAUGUAUCAGCCCGCGUUCACGGCGGGGAAGUUUUAGCUAUUCUAGGAUCAAAGGGCUCCGGCAAGCGAGCACUCCUCGAUGUUAUCGCCGGGAGAGCGGAGGGUGAGACGAGAGGGAGGGUCACCCUGAACGGCAACCUGCUGACAACGGAGCUAUUUCGACGGCACGGCGGCUACGUGGCGCACAGGUGUCAUCUUCUGCCGAGUCUCACAGUCCGCCAGACCCUGACAUACGCCACAUGGCUCGCCAAUCUGAACAACCGUGAGGCCAGAGUGCGGCAGACCCUGGCCGACUUGGCACUGUCGCAGGUAGCCAACCGAUCGGUCAGCGAUCUCACCAGGCCGGAGUACCGGCGGUUGAUGUUGGGUGUGCAACUGGCCAAGGACCCGACUCUGCUGCUGCUGGACGAGCCGACCUGGGACACCGAUCCGCUCAACACGUAUCUCAUCGUUUCGAUGCUAUGGUCCUACGCCACAAGACGCGGCUCCAUCGUUGUGCUCACCAUGGAGACGCCCAGGUCCGACGUGCUACCCUUCGUCAGUCGCGUGACCCUGCUAUGUUUGGGCGCGGUGGUCUACUCAGGACCCACCAGGAGUAUGCUGGAUUACUUUACCUACAUCGGCUUCCCAUGCCCGGAACUGGAGAACCCGUUGAUGUAUUAUCUAUGUCUGUCGACGGUCGAUCGCCGUUCCAGAGAUCGCUUUCUAGAGUCCAACCAGCAGAUAUCCGUUUUGGUCGAGAAGUUCAAGGUGGACGGCAUGCUUUAUAUGAAAGAAGCCCCGCAAGUGCCGCACAACGUUAAAGAGACGACGCUUGGCAUCAUGCACAAAGGAUUAGGUCGCGGAAUCAAGCCUGGCUGCUUCUCGACCCUUUUAGCGUUAUACCUGAGAGGUAUGGCCGCUACAUUCUCUUUUAAUAAGACCGGCCUGGGACACUUCGCUGCUCGCCUGCUGUUGCUACCGUUCUUGGUGGCCCUAAUGAGCAUACUGUACUCACACUCGAGUCCCGUACAGUCGAGAAUAUUUCUACAGACCGGCGGUUUAAUCUUCAACGUCCUAACGUUGUUUUACGUGUCUGGAAUAGCCGCGACCUCGCUUUUGUUUCCAGGUUUUCGCGCAAGGUACUACCAAGAAAAGCGAGAAGGGCUUUACGGUGGCGCCAUGUUCUUGACGGCGUACACUCUGUUGAGUUUACCCCUGAGCUUCAUAUCGACUCUAAUAACAAUCGGCAUCCUGAUCCCCAUCCUGGAGCUGGACAUCUCUUCAUGGGCUUAUGCUUGCGGUAUUCUGUGGUCCAGUUACGUGGCGGCCGAACAAGUGACCGUGGCGGUUCUCAUGGUGGUCGGGCGACCUAUAACGGGCGCGGUCACGGUUCUGUACAUGACCCUGUUGUCCUUGGUGAUCGCAUCGGGUGCCAUUCGCAGUCUCAAGAACCUGCCCUAUUGGCUGGCGAUGGUGUCGACUGCGUUGCCCACCAGAUACGCCUCAUUGGCAUUGAACCAGCUGGUUAUCGACGUGCCCACCAUGUCGAAUCUGGCCUAUAACGAGAGCUUCACUUGCCCGGGCAUUCCCGAGCUCUGCAGAUACCCCGACGGCAAGACCUACCUGAUCGAACGUUUCACCAGAGAAGGCGAGAACAUCUCCGAAGUGUUGAACGUGGAUUUGAAUCUACUGAUUUCCCUGGCCUUCGCUGUCGGUCUUAUUAUAUUAAACAGCGUAUUGUAUCUGUUGCCAUUACCCGCCAAAGUGAAGGCUAAGUUCAGAGAGUAGUGAAUCGCGCAACGCGAGUGUUUUCGCGUUCAUCGAUACUAUUAUAUAAGAAUAUGUCGCUACGUUCGAUAUCGCGUUGUAGACCUCAUUUGACUUCUACUUUUGAUGUAUAUAGAACAAUAUUGAUUACAGAUAACGCGAGAGGAUGACGUUGGUAUUGAUUAUAAAGAGAAGAGCGCACGUUGCAAAUAUUAAAAAUCUUUAUUCUGUAGCAUAUAUUACAAAAUGAUUGAUUGAUUGUUUCAUUCAUCCUCGUAGCGUUAAUCGCCGUGCGCAUAACACGAUUUUACUUUUUGCAAUUGCACACAUACACACACACACACACACACACACGUAUCAGGCUACGUAAAAACACUUGUACAUUUAAGAAACGUACCUAUUUGCACUGUGCUUAACGCUAUUAACAUAUAACGUAUAUGCUUAUCACA